AUGAGGAUCCUUUACCUGUUCUUUGCUGUUGUCAUCUUCUUCCUCCAGGCUGCUCCAGCAAGAGGCAGCACUUACGACACCUUGCAGUGCCUGAGCAACCAUGGCCACUGCCGACGGCUUUGCUUCCACAUGGAACAUCACAUUGGCACCUGCACCAAUGGUCACGUGCGCUGCUGCAAGUGA